AUGAGUGACAUAUCAGACACUGAACUAAAAGACCAACACUUACUACGAAGACUUCGCUCUAUUAUCACCGAUUUGGACCAACUGGACACCGGUGUCGUGCCUGUCGGCCAAGUGAGACAAUGGAUGCUAGAGUUGGUGACCACUGCUGCCCCCAAAGUGACCACUAAUGGUCACAAAGUGCUCACUCAAGACAACCCCAACCCCUUUGUGUCCGCAGAGACGCCGACAAACACUUCCAGUACUUCUGCUAACAGUUGCAGUGAUAGUGAUGUGAAUGACACGCAAAACACUAUCAAUAUUACCGACAAUAGUGUUGAUAACAAUCCAAUCACUGAUAGUCAAGAAGUGAAUGACUUAUUUGAUGGCAAUUUAGGUGAUAAUAGUGAAGACAAAGUCGAGUCAACCGCUGAGGAGGACAUACCAAACGGUGACCAUAAGAGUGAUAACAGUGUCGAAGCUGAGGAAGAAGUGCCCGAAGGAGUGGAUCGUGAAGUGAGCGGUGAUCAGCUGGAAGUGAAUGCCGACAUCUCGAGUAAGCGCCAAAAGGAAGACUUAUCUGAACUGAGUUCCUCAGACACCUCUAUGGGAAGUGUUAGAAACCUUCGCUCCAGAGCUAAGGAUAAGACGAGUGAUAAUCAGUGUUCGGACUCUUCUGACGUUCAAUUCGACGACUCCUCUGAUUCUCCCGAUUCUGCCUCAGACUCGGACUCCGACUUCAAAGUCAACCACAGAUCUGAUACCAAUUCAAGCAAUCGCUUGAAUUCUCAAAGACUUCUCAAAGACAUUAGAAUUACUCAAUUGGAACCGUCUGUUGACUUGAUUCCAGUGAGUGAUGAUAUUAUAGACGAGGCCAUCGACGACGCGACCAAAGCCUCGGUUGUGAUACAAACACUUGAAUCCAAUUUGAAAGAGUGUUUGCUCUCCAAAGGAGUCAUUUGUCGCAAAAUGAAGACAAUUAAGAGUAAGGAAAUGAAGUCUAAACGAGAGGACAAUGAAGAGGACAAUGAAGAGGACAGCGAUGACAACGAGAAUAAAGAAAUUCGUCGUUUGUGUCAAAUCCCUAAAAUCAGAACUAAUCGACGAAAUACUCGCCAUUCGGCCAAAGAUGGUAAGGAUUCGGACAAAUCAGACGAAAGCGAUGGCAAUGAAAGCGAUCGCAAAGAUAGUGAAAAAGACAAACAAAAGCGAAUGAAGACAUCAACGCCUCUGAGAAUUAAGUCGAGAAAUAGUGAUUCAGAACUUGAAUCCGAUUGCGAUGUCUCGACAGUCAUGCCUAAGAGGGACACCACUCUCCAAAUGAACAGUACAUCUAAACGACAGAAACGCGAUGUCUUGGACUCCGACGUCAGUUCUGAUGAGGAGACCACACAAGACGUGAAACGAAGUCCGACUAAAAAGACGGCCAAAAAGGCGGUUAAGUCCGACUCAGACGACGCCAUGAAUGGAGGAGACGUUUGUGAUAACAAUAGCGAAGACAAUAGUAGUAAAGAAGAUAACGAAUCAAAGGUUAAGUCAAAGACUCAGACAAAUAGAGACAAAGUUUUGCAAAACGCCAACAAAUCUCUUAAAGGGAAGACCGAGAAGUCUGUCAUUGAAAUCGACAGCAAUAGUGAUGAGGAGAUAGUCGUAAAGAAAAGAGUAGCCAAACGACGAAUGUCUGACUCGGACUUCGAUCACAGCGAUAGGCCUCAGAGUAGUGACAGCUCUUCAGAUAUCGGUGACGAGUCGGAAGGCAUGGAUCCGUCGGCUGAAGACUCUGACUUUGAUUCAGACUCUGCUGUAGAGACGUCGAGAAGUAAAAAGAAAAAAGCGAAACAAAAAGCAAAUAAAAAAUCGAAACCAAAGAGGAAACGAAUUAGAGUAAACGACUCGUCUGACGAUGACUGCAAAGUCUUGUCCGAUGAAAAUGAUUCGCCGAAUAAGAGCCGAAAGAACAUUAAGAAAAUUAUUUCCGACAAAAAACUUAAGCAACAAACGAAAGACGCGGCGGAAGCCGAGAGGGAACGUAUGCAACGGAUUAAAGAGAAACAGAAGGAAUACAAUGACUUAAUAAAAGACCGACAGUUGAAGUCAACAGAUGUGAAGGAAUUGAUCCUCGAGUUCGACAAGGAGUCCAAGAAGGUGUUGGUAGAGGUGGACCACGAGUUGGUUAAGUUCCUCAAACCGCAUCAAACGGACGGAAUUCAGUUUAUGUAUAACUGUCUCAUCGAAUCUGUAGAACAAGUGGAGAGCUCUGAGGGCUCGGGUGCUAUUCUGGCCCACUCUAUGGGCUUAGGAAAGACACUGCAAGUGAUCACAUUCUUGUACACCAUUAUGACUCACAAAGACAUCAAAAAACACAUCAAACGAUCGCUUGUCAUAUGUCCCGUGAAUACGAUUAAGAACUGGGCGAAUGAGUUCCGCAUUUGGCUCAAUGAUAACGAUAUGGACGACCUCUUGGUGUUCGAGAUGUUUGACGCAAAGACACCGCAUCAGAGGGCAGAGCUCCUGAACAUAUGGUACAAGAGGGGAGGCGUUAUGAUCAUUGGUUUGACGCUAUACUCGAAUCUAGUGAUGGGAAGGGGCAAAAAGCAGCCCAAAUCCGUUAAGGAGACCAUUCAGAAGGCUCUAAUAGAUCCGGGACCAGACAUAGUAGUGUGCGAUGAGGGACACCUACUCAAGAACGAGAAGACCGCCUAUAAUAAAGCGGUCUCUCAGUUGAAAUGUCUGAGACGUGUUGUGCUGACGGGAACUCCGCUUCAGAACAAUCUCAUUGAAUAUCAUGUAAUGGUUUCCUUCGUGAAACCCAAUCUUCUGGGAAACAAAAAGGAGUUCACAAAUCGAUUCGUGAAUCCCAUAACCAAUGGACAACACGAAGACUCCACUGAAUAUGACGUGAAGAUUAUGAAGAAAAGGGUCCAUAUAUUGCAUACAUUACUAAAUGGUUGUGUCCAUAGAAAGGAUUACAAUGUUUUAGUCCCUUAUUUGCCGCCAAAACAUGAGUUUGUGUUAAGUGUGUGUUUGACUGAAAAGCAAAUUGAAUUGUAUAGACAGUACUUAGAGACACAGACAGACAAACAACGGAUGAAUCUGUUAGCAGACUAUGGAGUGUUGCGACUCAUUUGGAAUCAUCCGAUCCUUCUGUACGAACAGCACAGACGACGCUUAGAGAAGGCCACCGAAGAGUCGUUGGAUGAGUUCAUCAACGAUGACGACGAAGUGGACACUCCCGCCAGCGGUGACUCCGAUGUCGAGUGUCUCGACGAUAAGGCCGGCCCUUCAACGGCAGUUCCCAAGAGACGAAUGCGAACGCGAUUUGGAAAAGAGAAGUGCGAAGAGUCGGAAGAGGAGGUGAAGAGCUCGGACAGCAACGACGGUAUGUCUGACGCGUGGUUCGCGCCGUUGCUCAAGAAGGAGGACUCAAAACAGAUAGAAUUGAGCGGAAAAUUCAUACUAUUGUUCGCUAUUCUGGAGGAGUGCGAGAAAUUGGGCGACAAAAUACUGCUCUUCUCUCAGAGUUUAGACACUUUAGAUUUGGUCGAAGAGAUGCUUCACAUCCGGAUGCAGAAGGCGGCCGACAAUGAGUCGCGCGAUCAGAUUCCAGAAAUCGAUUUGGAGACCAACUGUCCCUCCGAUGCCACGAAUGUUUGGAUCAAAAAUAAAGACUACUUCCGACUCGACGGCUCCACUGCUUCCGACUAUAGGAAGGCGUGGAUCGAUCUGUUCAACGAAGAGACCAAUUAUAGGGCGCGACUGUUCCUGUUGUCCACAAAGGCCGGAGGGCUGGGCAUUAAUCUGGUCGGUGCCAACCGUUGCAUUAUAUUCGACGCCUCAUGGAAUCCCUCGCAUGACGUUCAGGCGAUCUUCAGGGUCUUCCGGUUUGGCCAGAAGAAGCCGGUCUAUGUCUACCGCUUUGUGGCUCAGGGCUCGAUGGAGGAGAAGAUCUACGAGAGACAGAUCAUCAAACAGUCGCUCUCUUGUCGUGUGGUCGACGAGCAGUCCAUUCAGAGACACUUCAAGGCGUCUGAGAUGUCGGAGCUCUAUGUGUUCAAUCCGGACACCUCUAAGGACAGGCCCACCCCUAAGGUGCCUAAAGACAGACUACUGGCAGAGUUGCUCAUCAAACACAAGGACUAUAUCGUGAAAUAUCACGAACACGACUCUCUCCUCGAGAACAGACCCGACGAAGACAUGACAGAGGAUGAGAAGAUGGCCGCGUGGGCUGAGUAUGAGAAUGAAAAGGACGCCCUAUUCCUGAGGGAACAACAGGAAAGGGAUGCACGCAUUCAGAGGGAUAACUGGACUAACAUUCAGGCGAACCAACAGCAGCAACAGCAACAACAACAGCAACAGUAUCUCCAACAACAACAAUACUUACAACAGUUGUACCAACAGUUCGGCCAAAACAAUAUAUCUCAACAAAUAUAUCAGAAUAUUAUGAAGAAUCAGGAAAUGCUUCGCAAACAACAACAACAGCGAUAUAAUGAGUUAAAACAACAGGAGAUUGCGAGACAAGCGGCCGCUCAACUGCAAGCACAGGCCGCAGCCUCGGGAGGGCUUCCCGGCUAUGAUGUGAUGACUGUAGAAGAUGUGGUCAAAUAUAUAAAGAGCAACAACUCCGGUGUCUCGGACGGGGAUCUCAUUAAAGGUUUGUUUCAAUUAUUAGACACCGGAAUAAAGGUGUGCACCAAUGAACUCGAGACCGUCAAGAAUCAGAUACGAACAAACAAUUCAAUGGAAUUGCGACCAAAAUAUGAGAAAUUAGCGAAAGAAGUGUUUAAUCUUCAAUUGCAGAAAACUAGAGCUCAAACUUUAUUUAAGGCCACUUUCGUGAGACCAACACCAGCUCAGACAUACAGCAGAGGGGAGUCACUGCUGACAGAUAGCCUGUCGUCGAUGCCGUCGUCCUCUAACAGCAAACCCACGAGUGUUCUCAUCGAAGAAGUCGACUGAAUGUCUGACUGAUUGCCUGUGAUGUCCACUCCAUUCGUCAUUUCAUUAUUAUAAACAAUUCCUAACAUUAGUUGUGAUCUCUAUUAAACAUUUGGUGUGAAUAAGAGUCUGUUUCGGACAGACAUCGAGAGCACAGACAUCCAGAGCACAUGUGCUGUGCGACCGAAUGCGUCGAAUACUACAUAACAUUAAUAUAUAGUUCUCUUCUGAUGACAAACUAUGAAAACUUUGCUUUCAUAUACUCUAUCAUACAGUUUGGCGCACAUGUACUCUAUUUGUAUCUGAAGUUGGAGUCAUAUUUUGUCAUUUGUUUGUAUAAAAGUUUUUUAAAUUGAAAAUUAUCUCUAAUUAAAUGAUUUGAAGUUUUCGUGGAUUCAAUCUCUGAUAGGUUUGUAUUUAUAUGCGAAGCGCUA